UACAAUUCUGGAAAGUCAAAAUUUUGAACGCGCAUUAUCCCUGAAAUCUCGCACUUCACCAAGGGCAAAUUCAUAAUCAAAUCCCGGUAAUCAAGGGGCAUUUUCGUCAUUAAAAAAUUCUCUAUUUCCCUCACGCUUUGUUGUCAUCAAUCAUCAUCAACGAUCGAUCCGAAUAAAAAGGCAUUUACAUUACAUUAACAGUAUUAAUCGGAGGCGAUUAAAUGGCGAGAAGAGCGGAAGAGGAAUACGAUUACUUGUUCAAGGUAGUAUUAAUCGGCGAUUCAGGAGUUGGUAAAUCGAAUUUGCUAUCUCGAUUCACGAGAAAUGAGUUCGUUUUAGAGUCCAAAUCCACUAUCGGCGUUGAAUUCGCCACUCGUACUCUUCAGGUUGAGGGAAGGACCGUCAAGGCUCAGAUCUGGGACACAGCUGGACAAGAAAGAUACAGAGCGAUUACAAGUGCUUACUAUAGGGGCGCUCUUGGGGCUCUUCUGGUGUAUGAUGUAACAAAACCAACUACCUUUGAGAAUGUUAGCCGGUGGUUGAAGGAACUGAGGGACCAUGCAGAUUCAAACAUUGUGAUUAUGCUCAUUGGAAACAAAACCGAUCUGAAGCAUCUCCGAGCGGUUGCUACAGAGGAUGCUCAAAGCUUUGCUGAAAAAGAGGGCCUUUCUUUCAUUGAAACAUCUGCAUUGGAGGCAACGAAUGUAGAGAAGUCUUUCCAGACGAUUCUUUCAGAAAUCUAUCGGAUAAUCAGUAAGAAGCCACUUUCUUCAGAGGAGCCAGCAGCUGCUGUCAAAGAAGGGAAAACUCUUGUUGUUGGGGCAGAAGAGCCUGCCCCCAAGAAGGCUUGUUGCUCUACAUAGUGAUGGUCAUUAGAUUUUUAAGCCUCUAUAGGUUCCUUUUGUUAGUUUUAAUUAGUACUGUUUCUUUCUCCUUUUUUUUUUCCUUCUAUAUUUUUGGUCAAAUGUUAUACCCUAUUUCAUCAUUAGGAAGGUACAUGUUAAAAUCUUGUCAUAGUAUGGUUCUUAAAGAAUUAAAUCAAAUGUUUCAAUGCUGAA